ACAUCAGAGCACAGUCUGCAAAUUCUUUGCUAUUUUUGAGGCCACUUUUUCUCAGCGCUUUGUCUUCUUCUUCUUCUUUUACUUCUACUUCUUCUUCUUCUUCUUCUUCGCUCGAGCUCUCUACCUCCAUUUCCGUUCGGGUUUGGGGUUGUAGCAACCAAAAUUCGUCUAAUUAUGGUUUCAGCACAGAGUUUGAGUUUAAAAAACUAGGGUUUUCAUUUUGAUUUUGUUGAAGCUUUUGCGUUGAUGUUGUUGUUGUUGUUGUUGUUCUUCGAUUGGUGAUGGAAGCGGUGAAUCCACAGCCCCUUCAGGCUCUUCCGUACGAGGAUCACUUGGUUUUUCCGACUGAGGACGACGGCGACGACUACGACGACGGUGGCGAUGGUGAUGAUGGUAUGGAUGAAGCGGAGGAUGAGCAUGUGACUUCGGUGAACGCUUCGGACCACCACCACCACUACUACGGCGGCGGAGGUGGUGUUGUGGUGGCGUCUAGGACUAGUGAGCUCACUCUUGCUUUUGAAGGAGAGGUUUAUGUAUUCCCUGCUGUUACGCCGGAGAAGGUGCAAGCAGUGCUCUUGCUUUUGGGAGAGCGCAAAAUACCUACUGGUGUGCCUACCAUUGAUGUUCCAUUUAAUUCGAAUAACAGGGGUGUGGAUGAUAACCAGAAGUGCUCAAAUAUUUCACGAAGAAUUGCCUCCCUGGUUAGGUUCCGUGAAAAGCGGAAGGAGAGAUGCUUUGAUAAGAAAAUUAGGUACACCGUGCGAAAAGAGGUUGCUCAUAGGAUGCAUCGGAAGAAUGGUCAGUUUGCUUCAUUGAAAGAAAAUUCAGCCACUUCUAGUUGGGAUUCUACUAAGAGUUGCCUUCAAGGAGAUGGCACACCUCGUCCAGAAACUGUUGUUCGAAGAUGUCAACAUUGUGGUGUUGGUGAAAAUUCUACUCCUGCAAUGCGUCGUGGCCCAGCUGGACCAAGGACACUCUGCAAUGCAUGUGGGCUUAUGUGGGCAAACAAGGGAACUCUGAGAGAUCUGAGCAAGGGAGGGAGGAAUCUUUGUUUGGACCAAAUAGAACCGGAAACUCCCGUGGAUAUUAAGCCUUCAAUCAUUGAAGGAGAAAAUUUCUGUGGAAACCAGGAUAAUCCUGGAACGCCUGACGAUCCUUCUAAGGUUGUAACAGGAGAAACUGGCAGUCCUGUCAAUCCAGAUGAGGAAGAUUUGUGUGGAAUUGCAGAAGAUCAUACAAAUAGUUUGGCAGUGGGAAUUAUCAAUUCUUCAUGCAACCUUGAUGAGCAGGAAACUCUUGUUGAGCUUGUAAAUAUUUGUUCAGAAACUGAGAUUGACAUUCCUGCAAACUUUAGUGUAGGUCUAUAAUUGUUAGACUUCUUCAAAAGGAAGAGCAAGCAAGAACUCGUCGGAGCUUCAAAUGGCGAAUGAGUUGAAAAUACUGAUUGCAGUUGAUUCUCUCUCUCUCUCUCUCUCUCCAAAGAGGCACACUGCGGGUUACCCCUAACAUUUGAAAAUAUGGGGGUGCUUAAUGUUGAUAUUAAUUGAUAGGAUCUUGUAUGUGUGUAUUGAGAAGAUAUUUUGAGUGUCUUAACCAAUCUAUAUACAUAUAUAUGAUAAUUUUCUUGAGCUUAUUCUUAUUGGAAUUUAUUGAA